AUGGUGGCGUCCGAGUAUGAGAGAUGUGUUAGGUUUCAGGAUGGCCUAAGGGAUAAUCUGAGGGUUCUAAGAGCUCUACAGAGGGAGCGUGACUUCACGGUUUUGGUAAAGAAAGUAAAGAUUGCUGUGGAUGUUAAGCGCGCGAAGAGCCAAAACAGAGACCUUAAGAGAGUCAGAGUGAGGGCCCCUGUUUCUUCUAUUGCUCUGAUUGGGUUGCAGUUGUGCAGUGAUUGUGGUAGACGCCAUCCAGGCGAGUGUUGGUGGAGGAUUGAGGCCUGUUUGAGAUGUGGGUCUUUAGAGCAUCUUAUUCGGGAGUAUCCAUUGAGGGCUGAUCAGGUGCAAGCUCCGACAUCAGGUUCCGCGCAGCCACAAGGAGUAGUGCAGCAACCACUUAGGGGCAGUGGUCAGGCUAGGGGUGGUAAUGGUAUGGGACGAGGGCAGAGAGCACCAUGCCAAGGUACUGGUCAGACAGAGGCAAGGCAGCCUACUUUGGUUUAUGCUGCACGUCACCAAAAGGACAGAGAUACUCCUGACGUCAUCACCGACAUAGUGUCUACUCACUCAUACAUAGCUAGUAAUGUAUCUGAGAAUUUGGGGACUUCUGUGGAGAGCACUAUGAGUGAGGUCACUUUCGAUAUAAUUCUGGGAAUAGACUGGUUGGUUAAGCACCGGGUUAGCCUGGAUUAUCCGAUUAAGAGGGUCGUUCUGAGAACUAAGGUGGAUGAUGAGGUGGUUGUGAUCGAAGAGUAUCGAGAUUAUUUGUCUAAUGUGAUCUCCGUGCUUGUAGCUGAGAAAUUGAUUCUUUUUCCUGAGGAGUUACCAGAAUUGCCUCUGAACCGAGACAUUGAAUUUGGGAUCGAGCUUCUUUCGGGUACAGAUCUGAUGUCCAUCACUCCCUACCGUAUGGCACCGAAGAAGCUUACAAAACUUAAGGCUCAACUGCAGGAACUUUUGAACCGUGGUUUCAUCCGUCCUAGUUUAAGGGUUAAGGAGGCUGAUGUUUAUAAGACCGCACUUAGGAUUCGUUAUGGAUAUUACGAGUUCCUAGUUAUGUCUUUUGGUUUGACAAAUGCAUCGGCUGCAUUCAUGGAUAUGAUGAAUUGUGUAUUUCAACCCUAUUUGGAUCAGUUCAUCGUGGUCUUCAUCGAUGACAUUCUGUUAUACUCUAAGACUAAGGAUAAGCAUGAUGAGUAUUUUAGAGUAGUGCCUCAGAUUUUACGUGAGAAGCAGCUCUAUGCUAAAUUCAGCAACUGUGAGUUCUGGCUACGUGAAGUGACUUUCUUGGGGCACGUAGUUUCUGCUGAAGGGAUUCGAGUUAAUCAUGGAAAGAUCGAGGCUGUGCUGGGUUGGAAACAGCCUAUCAAUGUAUCUGAGAUCCGUAGCUUUUGGGGUUUGGUGGGAUACUGUCGAUGUUUCGUUGAGGGGUUCUCUUUGAUUGCUGCACCAUUAACUAAGCUUCUGCGUAAGGGUUUACCAUUUUUCUGGAUUGAUACGCAACAAUCAAGCUUUGAGAAGCUCAAAUCUACUUUAAAUCAGGCUCCUGUUCUGAUACAGCCUGAAUCUGAAAAGGAGCUUGUAGUAUACAGUGAUGCUUUGCAUGCUAGAUUGGGUUGUCCUCUGAUGCAGCAUGGUAAGGUUGUGGCUUAUGCCUCCCGUCACCUUAAGACACACGAAGGACAUUAUCCUACGCAUGACCUUGAGCUAGCUGCUGUGUAUCAUCCUGGUAAGGCCAAUGUGGUCGCCAAAGCUCUAAGCCGAAGAGCGAUGUCUGAUUUGAGGGUGAUGUUUUCUCGCCUUAGUUUGUUUGAUGAUGGGAGUCUGUUAGUCGAGUUACAGAUUGAGAGUGGCACUACUGCAGACUUUGGGGUAAAUAGUUACGGUGUUUUGUGUUUUCAAGGACGGAUAUAUAUACCGAACGAUUCUGAUCUGAGGCAGUGUAUUUUGAAGGAGGCGCAUAAUAGCCUUUAUGCUAUGCAUCCCGGUGGUAAUAAGAUGUAUCAUGACCUCCGUGAGUUGUACUGGUGGCCAAGUUUAAAGCGUGAAGUUAUUGAUUUUGUUGCUCGUUGUCAGACAUGCCAGUAA